CACAUUUAACGUUUCUUCUCUUUGCUUGGAACUGGCAUGAAGUUGUUACAAUCUUUUUGUUUACUCUCAUUGUGCAUUAUUUUUUGUUUGAGCCCGCUUUUAGCAGAAGCUGCUGAUUACGAGAGAUUGUGCCACUGUUUCCAGCAAGAUACCAGUGCUUUCGAUUUAUACAAGCUUGUGGGAACGUACUCCGUAACAUCAUGUUCUUCGUGCAAUGAAAAAAACUGUGCAGCCCUUUUUGGAGAACAAGAAAGUGACUAUAAUAAGCUAUGUGCGUAUAUUGGAGAAAGUGUUGUCGAUGCAGUAGAAUCAGUGCUAGAAGGAGAUUUCAAGUCAGCUGAAACUUAUAUGCAGGAUUUGAUCUCCAAUCAAACAACCUUGAUUGAGAAUUAUAUCGACAAGCUUUUGGGAUACUUGAAUAAUACUUUGGACGGUUUUCGAAAUGAAGUAGGAACAAACAUAACUGUGAUUGAACAAGAAAUCAAUGAGAUAAAUACCACUUUUAUAGCACAAGAUAUCCAAGAGGCCGUCACUCAAAUCGAAAAUUAUGUAAGCAAAGACAUCAACGAAGCUAUAACGUCAUUGGAAGUUCAAAUACAAAAAUAUGCAGAGAAGAUUGAAGUCAAUAUCUCAGAACAGUUGGAUAUUAUUGAAACGGAUAUUGAACAAGUCAACCUUACUUUGGUAUUGGAUGAAAUUAAGAAAUAUGCAGAGAAGAUUGAAGUUAAUAUCUCAGAACAGUUGGAUAUUAUUGAAACGGAUAUUGAACAAGUCAACCUUACUUUGGUAUUGGAUGAAAUUAAGAAAUAUGCAGAGAAGAUUGAAGUCAAUAUCUCAGAACAGUUGGAUAUUAUUGAAACGGAUAUUGAACAAGUCAACAUUACUUUGGUAUUGGAUGAAAUUAAGAAAUAUGCAGAGAAGAUUGAAGUCAAUAUCUCAGAACAGUUGGAUAUUAUUGAAACGGAUAUUGAACAAGUCAACAUUACUUUGGUAUUGGAUGAAAUUAAGAAAUAUGCAGAGAAGAUUGAAGUCAAUAUCUCAGAACAGUUGGAUAUUAUUGAAACGGAUAUUGAACAAGUCAACAUUACUUUGGUAUUGGAUGAGAUUAAGAAAUAUGCAGAGAAGAUUGAAGUUAAUAUCUCAGAACAGUUGGAUAUUAUUGAAACGGAUAUUGAACAAGUCAACCUUACUUUGGUAUUGGAUGAAAUUAAGAAAUAUGCAGAGAAGAUUGAAGUUAAUAUCUCAGAACAGUUGGAUAUUAUUGAAACGGAUAUUGAACAAGUCAACCUUACUUUGGUAUUGGAUGAAAUUAAGAAAUAUGCAGAGAAGAUUGAAGUCAAUAUCUCAGAACAGUUGGAUAUUAUUGAAACGGAUAUUGAACAAGUCAACAUUACUUUGGUAUUGGAUGAAAUUAAGAAGUAUGCAGAGAAGAUUGAAGUUAAUGUUACCUCGGAUAUUGAUCAAGCUAUAAACACUUUAAAGGAGUUUGUUGACAGUGUUUCUGUUGAUGUUGAGGCAAACAUUUCUCUGGAUAUCAAUAAAGCUGUCAAGACGUUGCAGGAUAAAGUUGAAGAUAUCGAAAUUAACAUCACCAAACAGCUUAAAUUUAUCGGAGACGAUAUUGAAAACCUGAAUGAAACUAUUGUGUCGGAGAUGUUGAGCUUUGUUGAAAAUCUAUCCGUAAAUAUCUCGAUUGAUACGAAUGAGACUGUGACAUCCAUUAACAAGACGGUGACGAAGAUAUUUGAGGAGCUCGAACGCAAUCUUAGCUUAGAUUUUUACGACAUUGUUAGUAACGUUAACAUUUCUUUGGAGGAUUUGGAUGAUGAAAUUUUGAAACUUAUCGAGGAUAUCGCUUCUGAGGUGAAAGAAAUUUCUGAGAAAAAUAUAACGGUGAAGGUGGAGGAUGUCUUGAAGGAGAUGCUCAACAUUAAUCUUAAUAUUAGUUUGGAGCAACCGACACCUCCAAGAAGGCCAGUUUGUAACGCAUGCCAGCAGCCACCCUGCCCUUACUCCCCAUCUUGUCAAAUGUACCAACAGCAAGUCGGUUGGUAAUGCAACAGUGUCAGUUGUAGUUAGUUGUUGUCGACCUUAUUUGAAAGAAAAUCCGUAGUCUAGUCAUGGUAUUAUAUACACGUGUUUGUGGUUUAGUAAAGAAUGUUUCCAGGUU